UAUCGAUAGUGCCCUCGAUGGUUUGACACCUCUAGCGUCUAAAAUGAGGCUUUGAUGCAAAAUCGAAGAAAAACAAUAAAAUAUCCUACGGAAAACUAAAAAUACUUGUUUCUUGCCAAGUCGCAGUCAAUGUGCCAACACACUUAAUCAACAUACGCGUAAUUAAAUGUCCGCGCGCAACCGCUUGUGAAAUAUGGCAUCUAACAAUAGGUUGAAAACGGGCUCAGGCUCAGGAUUAUCCCAAAUAAACUACAAAUUUACAUGUCGCUGCUGUCUGAAAUCCGAUGCGGAGUUCCUCAAACUGGACACGCUGGCGGUGGCGCGCAAUCUAGAUCCAAGUGAAGCGGAUAAAAUUCCCCUGCUGCGUUGUCUGCUAUUCUGCAUACGCGCCGAAAACUCGCCGGAGCUGCCACAAUACAUAUGCGUUGAGUGUAGCAAGAGCUUGCAAAUAGCCUACUACUUCCUGCAGAAUGCACUGCGCGCACACGAAAUACUCUGCCGCAAACUGUGUCCGGGAAAGGCCCGUCCCACGCUGGCGCAGCGCUACAACGGGUCCAUCAAACAGCCAGAGGCGGCGCUGCGGCAGACGGGGGAGGACAAGACGAAGCCCCAAAAGGCAUUCCGGCACGAGUGCAAACUCUGCGGCUUUGUCGUCUACAAUCGGAUGGAGCUAAAGCAGCACAUACGGCAGCACGUUGAUGGCAGCUCCUACAGCUGCAAAGUCUGCAGCUUCGUUACGCUAAAGCAGCGUCUCUUGCAGGAGCACUAUAGUGCGACCCAUGGCAUGUCGGCCAACCAGGCGGACGAUCAAGUGAAACCAAAAUCUACAUUCUACAGUGCCACCCCCUCCACUUCAUCCGCGGCUGCUGCUGUCGAGAAGGAGGUUAAAGUGUGCACCCUGGAGGACAUGGAGCUGCUGAUUCCCACAGUUCUCACGCCUGGUGACUAUGUCCAACCGUCCAUCGACGAAGAUCAACUGCGCGACAUUGAACAGCAGCUGGCCGCCAGCAUGGGCGAGCCUGUGGCUGCUGGUGCUGGCGCUUUGACCACCAAUCUGACUCAAAUGCAGUGCAAAAAUAUGAGCAUUGGCAGCGAAUAUGUCGUCAUGCCCGAUGGGACCUUGCAGAUAAACGGAGGCGCAGGUGUGGUGAUAGAAUACAUCGAUGAUAGCAGGCCCAACAGCAACACCACUGGAAAUUUGAGCCUUCAAAAUCUUCUUGGAGGUGGUGCCGAAAACGAGCCCAUGGACAUCGAUGUCAGUGAACUAAUUGUGGAGGAAAUGCUGCCGAAGAUAAAAGUCAAGCCAAAACCAAUACCCAUUGGAUCCGCUCCCCUCAAGUACAAGUGCAAAGACUGUACCAAAGCAUUUGCCACCCUGGGGCGUCUGAAAUCUCACCAGUUGAGCCACAGCCAUUUGCCCAAGUUCUACUGCGAUCAGUGCCCCUUCUACUCGCUGCGCAGUACCGAUCUCUCUCUGCACUACAAGGCAACGCAUCUCAGGAACGAGAGGAAUGGAAAGGAGGCCGGCGAUGAAUCGCAAACUUAUUCCUGCGACAUGUGCCUCUUCGAAGGGAGGACCUCCAGCCAGCUGCGGGUGCACUACACUGAGAAGCAUAUGAUUCAACCGUCGGAGGUACAGCUGCGUCCCAGUUGGACAAGUGAGUCAGACACCGUCGGUGACGGCAUCAGUUCGGCUCGCACCAGUGGCCAAGGCUCCAAGGAGCAGGGCGCUCAGCCGCAGCACACCGAAAUUCCACUGGGCAUUCAAUAUCCGCCUGCAGCGCUGGCGGCGGCGGCGACGGUUGACAAUCAGCCAAUGCUUCAGCAUCAGCAACAACAGCAACAGGAUCAGCAGCAACAGCAGCAGCAGCAGCCGGAGCAACUGUCAGCGAUAGCAACCCAAACAUCCACGAUAACGCAGUCGGGCGAAAUCAAUGUGGUGGUAGAUGCCACACCGUUGUUCUAUGCGGCGACAGUAGCAGGGACUGGCACUGGGACAGUGGUAGAGGGACAAGGACAGGGACAGGGAAAUCCGGGUACAAUAGCCGCUGAGGCAAUGGCCAACGGGGACACAUAUGAAAUCUUUCCAGAAAUCUCAACGAGCAGUCUGACAGCGACACAGCCCGUACAGGCAUUGCCAACGCCGACAACGUCGGCGAACAUCUCCAUGUUUGGGGAUAUGCAGGAUUUUAUUGACAACACAGAUGUGGCCGCCAUAUGCACCAUACCCGCCGAUGAUAUGCCCGUGGUGGAUGGUGACGAUAUUGUGAUUGACAACAACAAUAUCAGCUUAGACUUUGAUGCUGAGAAUCUGUUUGAGGAGUUUGAUGAUGAGGACGAGGCCGUUGGCGAGGAUGAGGAGGAGGACGAAGACGACGAAGAAGAUGAAGACGCUGAGAAUGAGGAUGAAAAUGACAACAAUGAUGCAGCCACCGAUCAGAAUCUGCUGCUAACAAGCGACGACGACGAUGUGGAUGACUUUGACGACGAGCAAUCCAAGCAUCUGCAAAAACCCUACUGCAUAUUUUGCAACAAAAAGUUUACAAGCCAAUACAAGUUCGAGAAUCACAUGUUUGUGCAUCGAGGCCUGGCCCCCUACCGCUGUGAGCUCUGCACCAAUCUCUACAACAUGAAGCGUCUCCUCAUCAGGCACUACAAGACCGUGCACAAGCGCAUGCCCACCCGGGACAUGGUCCAGGCGAAGGGCGACAAGGUAUUGGUGGCCCGCACCAAUAUCGAGACAAUACAACUGGAAAUGGAUAGGAAGCCCAUGCUGAUGUGUGCCAAGUGUCCGUUUGAGUGUGAAUUGGACACGGAAAUGCGAAAGCAUCUGAAUGCGCAUCACGGCAUCAACGAUGGAGUAUCCGUGCAUGCCAACGAGGUCUUCAUUAUACGCAAACUACCCUUUGAGUGCCCGCGAUGCAUUCGCUCCUUUGCGGCUAAGAGCACACUGACCCGACAUCUGCAGCGCAGCCAUUUGGUGGACACGAUAAUUGAGAUGCAAUCCAACCAAACAACAAGCAGCUCGGCAGCGACAACCACAAGCACCACAUGCACAGCAACCACCUCAAUGCCGGCGAAUACGGCUGACGAUAAUGGGAAUAAAGGGCAGCAGCAGCUCGAGAUGGCUUCGACGGCACCGUCGGGGACGGAGACUGUUGGCUAUGGCGAUGGGGAAUGCGAGGUAGCAGUCAAACCAGAAGGCGCCGGAUUAAAAGAAGAGCCAACAACUACUUCAGCCACAUCCGCAUCCACAUCAGCAUCAGCAUCAUCAUCAUCGACAUCGAUAAGAUCGACCAUAAAAGCAGAAUCAGCUUCAGAAAGAACCCCAAAUCCCCCCGACGAAUCGUCAGAGCCACGAACCAUGAACAGCAUAGAUCAUGUUCUAGUCAAGGGCGAGACAGCAUCCGCGCAACAUACCGCCACAACAGCAUCGUCGUCAUCAUCCACACCAACGCCAUUUGAUUUUGACUUUGACUUAAUGGGGGAUGCAGGAAACUCCAGGCUUACGCCAACGCUUACGCCCACCACGCCCAGUACGAGCAACAAACAAAUCGUCAGUACCGCACUCCCAGCAUACACUAGCAAUCCGAGCACGAGCACAAGCACCACCAGCCCAAGCACCAAUGCAUUUGCACCCAGCCCCCUACUCAACGGCAGCGACAAACUGUUGACUGCGGCAAUGGAGCCAUCGCCCAUUAAGGGGCUACGUUCGCGCAUGCCACGUAACCCCAUCUACGUGUGCAAGCUCUGCAAGAAGAGCUUUGAUGAGCUGGGCAAGCUGGUAAAGCAUGAGAUAGAAACGCAUUCCAUUGGUGAAUCGGCACGCUUGGGCUAUGAGCACAGAUGUGGCACCUGUGGGACAACGUAUCGCACAAUGGCGCUACUCAAGUUCCACAUGAAGCGGCAUUUGAACCGCAAGUUUUCGUGCAAGCUGUGCGGAAAGGACUUUGUACACAAAACUGAACUGGACAGACACAUGCUGGCGAAACAUGCCACCGAGAAGUCGUUCCGAUGUUCUCUGGAUGGCUGUCGCAAGAUGUUCGCCUUCAAGCAUCAUUUGGUGCGGCAUCAGAACGCCUCCCAUCUGAAGUUGCGCCAUGUGUGCUCGAUAUGCCAGAAAGAGGUGAAGACCAGCCUGCAUUUGCGGCACCACAUGACCGUACACAGAGGCUUGACAGCCUACAAGUGCCCCAAAUGCGACCGCACUUAUUUACGUCGCGGAGCACUUCGCGUCCAUGCACUGUCCGUUCAUCAUGUGCAGCUAACGGAAUCAGAGCUGGCGGAAAUCUUUCGCCACAAUGUGGGCUAUACCAAUCCACACGACAUGAAGGUCGUCACACGCAAUGGGCAAUUGGUGCGGCGCAAGGAGCUGGAGGCCGAACGAGAAAAGGAGAUGCAGAUGGGCGACGAACCAUCCGUAGCAGUGGCGAAUAUAUCAAAAUAGUUCUGAAUCAUGCUCAUUAGUAGUCCUGAGAAGUAAACACAAACACACACACACAAACCCUGUACAAAUUUGAUGAUGUAGUCUAUAAGUACUGCUGUUUCCAUAUGCAGUUUUUAACACACACCCACACACAAACACAUUUAAUGUCUUGCAGUUUUCCCCCCUAAGGCAUAGACUCAUAAGCAUAAUAUCAUUAUCACAAUUAUCGACCCAUCACCGACACAUGUAUGCACCAAUUUGUACAUGCAACAAUUGUGGUGAUUUGGUUGGAAUAUAUGUAUGUAUAAUAAUAAUCUAGCCAUGCCAUGGAUUUCCUUUAAGCGGAUCUGGGAGUGGUCGUUCCACACUUAACUGGGAAUGCAAUUCCGUUGCUACCCAAUGGGAUGGUCUCAACCCCCAAUCACGACCAACGCGGCGACGCUCUGCAUUGGCCAAAGAGCUCAAACAAUAGUGUGUAAGCAAAACACAUGUAUUUUUAUAUUAUUAUUAGCAAGCCAAGAAUGGCGUAGCGAAGGCCGCUUCGACAAAUUGAUAAUGUACAUUGGAUAUUUGAAAGCAAUAAACAACCUGUUAGCAUAAUCGUUCCG